AUGUCUCGUGUUCCUCGAGGACCAUGCGCUAUUGCUUUCCCCCGUGACCAGCUUCUCACUCUUGACGACAACAAGAUUGGACCAGUCGUAUUAGAGGCUCUCGAUAAUGGGGCGCAGGAGUGGACUGCUUUCCCUACCUCAGGGGAUCGAGUCACAUUGAAAAACAACAGAUUCAAUUCCUUUGUCGGUCUUAGGGAUACUGAAAUAGCUCGAAAUAACGCACAUAUAUUCGGAUCGGAUCGUGCGCUUGAAUUUUAUAUGGAACCUGCCAGGGAGCCAGAUUGCUAUCAGUUAUAUGUAUAUGAUAUUAACAACGAGGGGAAGAAGUUAUACCUUGGAGUAUCGCCCCUUAUGAUUUUCCCGCCUCGGAGAGAAGUCACUCAUGAUUCGCCAGAGCUUGCCUUUGGCGCACUGCUAGAGUUAUCAUCUCCGGCGCAAGAGUCAAACGACGAGCCCCGUGGAAACUCUGCAGCAUCGAGUUCCACCUGCCGCGGGGUGGUUGAACCAGGUCCUCGGAUACUGUUAAUAGGCGGCAGGCUUUCCCUACCAAACUUUAGCAACCAGCCAACCAUGGAAGAAAUUGACGAUUGGAUCAACAAGUUCAAAGUCACACGAAGUCAAGAAAUCUAUUUUCCGGUCUAUCAAAUCAACCAAUUACAUGUCCAUUAG